GUGGUGUAAAGGUAGGAUGAGGUGCUGUUUUGCAGUUAUCUCAGGUGCGCUCGCCCCUGCAAUCUCACCCUCUCCUACAAGCAGAAGCAGAAGCAGAAGCGGAAGCAUUGUUAAACUUACAAAGAACUCUCUCUUCCAAUCUCAGAGACAGUCCCAUGUCUGCUCAGUUUCUCUUACCCUCCGAAACCGAUUCAUCAACAACGGCAAUCCUGACGUUUCCGCACAAUGCAGCCGCGCCGAGGCGGAAGAGCUUUCAGACGAUGAUUUCGUGGUCGUUAAUUUUUACAGUUUUGUGGUCAUCAAAAAUCCAGAGGCCGAGGUCGCCAGGCACCUCUCCUUCUUACAGGGUUUGGACAUACAUGGGCGAGUAUAUCUGAAUGAACAAGGGAUAAAUGCACAGUACAGUGGGCCGUCAAAAGAUGCUCUUCUGUAUGUCAAAUGGUUGAGAGAAGAUGAUAGAUUUUCUGAUAUUUUGGUUCAGAUUUCUGCAGCAUAUAAUGAACAUGCCUUUCCAAAGCUGAAGUUGCGCUAUAAGCCUUCGCUAGUACAGCUGGAAGGAGGCAUUUCACAUCUUCCUUUGCUAGACCCUUCAGUGCGAGCAACACCCCUAGCACCAUCAGAAUGGAGAAAGAGAUUGGAACCAGUAGAUGGAAUUGAUGCUGCUUCAAAUGGGAAUAUUAAUACGAACUACAUUCUACUGGAUGUGAGAAAUGGUUAUGAAUGGGAUAUUGGUCAUUUUUCUGGGGCUCGACGUCCUUCUGUAGACUGCUUUAGGAGCACUUCAUUUGGUCUAUCCUCGACAGAGGAUGUUGCUUCAGAUCCUUUAGCAAAUGUUGACAAAGAAAAGACAGAUAUAUUGAUGUAUUGUACUGGAGGUAUCCGAUGUGAUGUGUAUUCCACAAUUCUAAGACAAAGGGGCUUUCAAAAUUUGUACUCCUUGAAGGGCGGUGUUUCCCAUUAUCUGAAGAGUGAAGGUCCUGCAGAAUGGGUUGGGAAUUUGUUUGUGUUUGAUUCCCGUCUUUCUCUCCCACCUUCUGCCUACAAGCCUGAAGCCAUUGUUAAUGCAGCCAGGAGUGAACAAGUUUCUCAGUGUAAUACGUUUUCCAGAUGCUACAUAUGUGGUUCUCAAGUCUCCGAGUUAAGGCAUCGGAACUGCGCAAAUCUUGACUGCAACCUGCUUUUUCUAUGCUGUACAGACUGUGUGAAGGAUUUAAGAGGAUGUUGUUGUGUAAAUUGCAUUACUGCCCCUCGACUAAGACCCGUGCUGCCUGGCCAUCAAAGAUACGCAAAAUGGCACUUAUAUCGAGAUUUGGAAUGCAAGGCAAGCUGAUAGCUGGAUUAGACGUUGCGGACUGCCGUGUCAGUUUAUAACUAUGGUAAGUACCAUGCGAACUGCCACGUGACAAUUCAUAUUUUAGCAGCUGACAUGAUAGCUAAUACGUGGACUACAUCGUUAGUUUGUAAAGGAUUUGUAGUAAAAAGAUGCGGUAACCAAAUUUUUUUGUAAGCACAAUAUAUAAUGGUGUAUUCAUUUAUAAAUAAAUGUGGUGAUUUAAGAGAUU